GUGUUUUUGGCCACAACAAGAAGAUCCAAACUGGACACAAACAGACAGCAAAACAAUACACCUCAGACUUGCUUGCUGCUCUCGGCGCUGAAUGGCCUUUUUGCAGAGGUGUGCAAGCUUGACGCAUCAGUGCUACCUCCCGAACGAAGGCGCUGAAGAGGCCGAACGUGCCCGUCGCAGGAUGGACGACGCCGCAGAUGACGUGCACACAACCGGGGACAAUGCCGUGCAACCCUACACUGCCAACGACAGCGACAUUGUGACAGAGGAUGCCUUCGAGGAGGAGGCGCUGGACCAAGUGCCGGAGAUGAGCAUGCCCGGUGCUGUGUCUGACAAACAGGACGAGCAACAAUCCCUGAAGAGCAGCCGUGGCAGCCGCGAGCGGUUCUUCCGUAACGAGAUUGAAAUGAGCGACCUCAACGCAAACAUGCAGGAUGAGAUGGCUCGCGUCCAGAAAGGCCAGGAGCUGGUGCAGGCCGCAUCGGACCAGGACCUUGGCCACGUGACUGCCCUGCUCAGCGAACUCGCAGACGCAAACUUCCGCGACGUCUUCGGAAAGACCCCUCUCCUCUGUGCAGCGCGCAGGGGCAACCUGGCCAUCACGGAAGUGCUGCUGAAGGAGGGCGCAAAUCCUAACAUCGGCGAUGUGCGCGGCGUGGAUCCGCUCUACGAAGCCCUCACACGCAAACACGUCGAUGUUGCAAAGGCGCUGCUCCGUGCCGGCGCCGAUCCCGUCCACACCCUCACCGCGCUUACCAACAUUCUCGAAGGCGUGAAGGACUAUGCCAUUGAGCUGCUGGUCCAAGACGAGAUGCUCUGCUGUGCUCCGGAGGUGCUGCGCGUCUGCUUCCGCCUCAGCUACCACCUCAACAUGCUCUCGCAGCGCCAAGAGGAGCGAAAGCAUUUCUACAGCGGGCUGCGGGAUCGCUGCCGUGACCUCGCCGUCAACCUUCUCGCAGCGUGCAACGACAUGUGGGACGUUCGACGAUUGCUUGCAGAGGGCACGGGUCUCCUCGGCCUUGCCCUUAAAUACGACCAGACCCUUUUCGUCUCGCACCCGUACUGCCAGGAGUAUAUGAAAGAGUUGUGGCUCGGGCAGUACGUGGGCGUCUACGGAAAGGAAUUCUUUGGCGUCGUCCUCAAAUACAUUUUCUUCCCACUUGUGUUCCCGUAUUAUCUCAUUCUGUUUGCGCUUCAGACCCCGAAGAAUCUUCAGUUCUCCCGCCUCGGCGACUACGUCCGCUUGUGCCACACACCCUUUGUCAAGUUUAUGGGGCACAUGACCUCGUUCAUCCUUUUCCUUGUCCUCCUCAUCGUUGCUUCGACAGAGGACUCACACGUUGUACCGAACGGCGUUGAGCUUGCGCUGGGUGCGUGGGUGAUAGCGCUCAUCAUCCAGGAGGCUCGCGAGAUAUACCAGACGCCGAGCCGCAUCUAUCUUGCGUCCGUGUGGAACUGGCUCGACAUCACCAACCAGCUGCUAUAUCUUGCUGUCAUUGUCAUGCGCGUGGUGUUGUAUGCGGACCGGAAUUCCCGCGAUGACAGUGAUGAUCUUCUCUUUGCCUCCAACGUCACGCUCGCGCUCGCUGCCCUCCUCUCCUGCAUCCGCUUUCUCAACGUCCUCGAAGUCCACCACCUCCUCGGACCGCUCCAGAUUAGCAUUCGUCAGAUCAUCAGCGACCUCGUUGUGUUUCUCGCCAUUCUUCUCGUCUUCAUGCUCGCGUUUGCUGUCGCCCUCACAAAGGUGUUUGAGCACCUCGAAGACAUUCCUGCCAACGAAAUGCCUCUUGCCGCAUUUGGAAGCUUCGAGGCGUCUCUGCGUACCACGUUUUGGGGCAUCUUUGCCCUAAUUGAACUGGGAACCUUCACCACCAUUGAAGGCGUGCGCGGAACAGAAGUCCGUGUCAUUGGCGAAGUCCUCUUUGGCGCAUACAUGGUGGUUGUGUUUAUUCUCCUGAUCAACCUCCUCAUCGCCAUCAUCACCAACACAUAUCAACGCAUUGUCGACAACAGCGACGUUGUCUGGUGCUUUGCGCGUGCGCGUCUGAUUCGGGAGUUCCAGAGCUACCCCGCCGUGCCCGCACCACUGAAUCUCAUCCUUGAACCACUGGAGGUCGUCGUACGCAUGUCCGGCAUCAGCGUGCACUCGGUUGUGCAGGUGAACACGGGUCACUCGAGUACAGACCAGGCCGAGGAAGAGGAGCAGUUGCGCAAGCUGGCCAACAAUCUUGUCGAGCGCCACCUCCGCCACGCCACCUCCGUCGACGAUGCGGAUGACAUUUCGGUGUCGCGAUCACUGCGUGACGGCGGCGGUGAUGACAGUGCGGACAUGCGCGCCAUGAUGAAGACCAUGCUGGACAAAAUGUCCGCAUUGGAGCAGAAGAUCGCAGCACUCACUGAUGAGUAG